UUGGGACCGGAUGCCGCGCCGGCACGGCCCGCCACCUUCACCCCCGCUUGAGGGUAAAGAGGAAGCUUUAGAAUGUCUAUGUGAAAUGUAGGCACAGACUGAAACACAACUUCGUACUAUUGGACAUACAGCUCCCCCUUCCCACGCUGCUCCUAGAUGAUAUUUCUCCAGGCUGCGUGGGACACUAUCCUGGUCUUACCAAUGAGAGCGAGGCGAUUCCUGCAGGACCGGAGCCUCGCAAAGGGAAAAGCAAGGAGUCGCAGAUGUGUUUGCUUUGUCACCGCCCCCUGAGCAUCUCUGGGCAAGUCACUUAGCUCUCCAGACCUCGACUUUCUUGCUGUUUAAUGUGGGGAGGGAACCGAACCUGGCUGACGCUCAGGGCAGCGGCAGAGAGCGGAGCGCGCCGCGCGCGCCUGGGAACUUUGUCUCGAGAGCGAAGCCUGGACCCCCGAGUGCAGGGGCGGGAGCUCCCUCUGCGGGAGCGCGGCGGAGGCGCUCCUCCUUCCCCUCCACGUCACGGGGGCCGCUCGGCGCUCUACAGUCCCCGGCCGAGGGAGAGCAACUCUCUAGCAGGGCGCGCCGCCGAGGUGGCGGCGGAGGACCAGGAGGAGGAGGAGGCGGGAGCCAGUCGCCGCCGCCGCCGCCGCCGCGGGACCAGGAGUCCGCAGCGCAGCUCGCGGCCCGGCCGCAGCGGUUCCUGCACCCGCGGGGACCCCGCGCUCGGGGCUCCCCCCGCUCCCUUUCAAUGAAGACAUUCAAAUGUUGUUUUAAACACCACCUAAAGCAGAAAGUUUUCAUCCUGUUUCUAACCCUAUGGCUGUUCUCCUUGUUGAAGCUUCUAAAUGUGAAACGCCUCCUCUUCCCUGAAAGAGGCAUUUACUUGGUUGAGUACUCCCUAAGUACCUCGCCUUUUGUAAAGAACAGAUAUACCCAUGUUAAGAAUGAAAUCGCGUAUGAGAUUAACUGUUCAGGUGUCUAUGAACAGGAGCCUUUGGAAAUUGGCAAGAGUCUGGAAGUAAGAAGAAGAACCAUCAUUGACUUGAAUGAUGAUGAUGUCGUGGCAAUGACCAGUGAUUGUGACAUUUAUCAGGCCCUACGAAGCUACCAUGAAAAGCUUGUUUCAAGGGAGGAGAAAAGCUUCCCAAUAGCCUAUUCUUUGGUUGUUCACAAAGAUGCAGUUAUGGUUGAAAGGCUAAUCCAUGCUAUAUACAACCAGCACAAUAUUUACUGCAUCCAUUAUGACCGUAAAUCAUCUGAUACCUUCAAAGUUGCCAUGAACAAUUUAGCUAAGUGCUUCUCCAAUAUUUUCAUUGCUUCCAAAUUAGAGAUUGUACAAUAUGCACACAUUUCCAGACUCCAGGCUGAUUUAAAUUGCUUGUCAGACCUUCUCAAGUCUUCAGUUCAGUGGAAAUAUGUUAUCAACCUGUGUGGGCAGGAUUUUCCUUUGAAAUCAAACUUUGAAUUAGUGUCAGAGUUGAAGAAACUCAAUGGAUCAAAUAUGUUAGAGACAGUGAAACCCCCUAACACUAAGAUGGAAAGAUUCACUUAUCACCAUGAACUCAGACAGGUGCCUUAUGAAUAUGUGAAACUACCAGUGAGGACAAACAUCUCCAAGGAAGCCCCCCCUCAUAACAUCGAGAUAUUUGUUGGCAGUGCUUAUUUUGUUUUAAGUCGAGCAUUUGUUAAAUAUGUUCUCAACAACUCCCUCGUUAAAGACUUUUUUGCCUGGUCUAAAGAUACAUACUCGCCUGAUGAGCACUUUUGGGCUACCUUAAUUCGGGUACCAGGAAUCCCCGGGGGGAUUUCUAGGACAGCCCAGGAUGUGUCUGACCUACAGAGUAAGACCCGCCUGGUCAAAUGGAAUUAUCUAGAAGGCCUUUUCUAUCCCAGUUGUACUGGCUCUCACCUCCGAAGUGUGUGUAUCUAUGGAGCAGCAGAACUAAGGUGGCUUAUGAAAGAUGGACAUUGGUUUGCUAAUAAAUUUGAUUCUAAGGUGGACCCUGUCUUGAUUAAAUGCUUGGCGGAAAAGCUUGAAGAACAGCAGAGAGAGUGGAUCACUUUAUCUUCAGAAAAGUUAUUUAUGGCUAAAACAGCCACAACCACAUUAUGAUAAAGUCGUGAUGGAAAUAAGGUUAAUAUGGAAUUGCAUGCUAUACCAUGGCCAGUACCAUUUGCGUUUAACCUUCUCAUAGUCUGAAAGGUGUCUACAAUUCCACACACAAGGGAAAGUGACCUGGCCUUUAGUGACAAUUAGUCUGUGUUUGGUUGGGUGUUUUUACGUAUGUUUUUGCUUGUAAUCUCACUGAGCUAAAUGGGAGAUUUUCAACAGUCAGUAAUCUGAUAUCUAUUGAGUUCCUGCUAUAUGCCAGGCACUUUUUUAGAAACAUGUAGGAAUUGCAUCCAAGUUGUGAUGAGUUACACAGUGCCCUCAAGGAGCUGUGGCUUACCCAAUCACACAGCAACCUUAAUAUCAUAAGUUGUCCACGUAACAGCCAGGGUCCCACUGAAGAAGUUGUGGAGUGUGCGGUAAUUAUAUAACCAUAAUAACCACCAAUUUCAGAGCAGUGGUGACGUACAGUGACCAACAUUCCACUUGCCUCUUAAUUCAGCUCCCUAGACUUUUCUUAACCAUUAGAAUAUUAGAAGGAGAGACUCUACUACCUCAGAAGAACUAAAAGAAUUGUCCAAUUUCCUGCUUGCCAAAAGCAUAACUUACCUUAUGGUACGUCGCUUAUUCAAUUCAGGGUUGGGUGACUCUGUUGGGGAGGCAUUUCUAGUGUAUGAAUGUUAGGGAGGUGGUGAAGUUAAGUCGGAGGAUUGGGACAGGUGGUGCCUGAGGAGGAACAAAGGGAUUUGUGUGACUUUUCCAUCAUGUUACGCAAUGGUGUCAUGAAUGACCUCCUUUGUAAUUCAGCUGUUUCCUUAAUACAUUUACUGAUUAAAGUUAAAAACUGAUUAACAGUUCAAAGUGUCACUCUCCAGAACAUUGAACCUAAGUCUUUCUGUUCAUAGAUUAUCAUUAUAUGUAAGUUUUUUCACAAUGGAAUAGUAUAAUUUUGUUUUGUGGAACUGACAAGCUAAGAAUCACUAAAUUUUCUUGAAAAGGUUGUGUGAAAUAUGACAGCUUACUAAAUUAACUAUUAGUCAUUAAAAAAAUGUUCUUACUUCUCCAGCAACUGUCAAGUGGAGUCCAAACGUAAACUUAUAAAAGCUCUAAGUUCAUUGCGGUCUUCUCAGCUUCAAUCCAAGAGAGAAAAAGCUAAUUUUCCUAAGGACAUAGCAAGAAUAUUCACUAAUGAUAUUUUAUGAAAACUACACCUUAGAAAACUACCAAAAUCAGUCAAAAUAUACAUAUAUUUUCAUGUAACUAUUGUGCUGGAGGUGAAAUGGAACAGGAGUGGGGUCCUCAGAACAGGCUAUAAUAUGUUUAUGUCUCCUGGGAAAUAAUGGAACUCAUGUAAGAAAUUCUCCAUGAUCUUAUGUUUCAGUGUCAGCCUCAAUAACUACAUAAAGAUGUAGUAAUCAAGACCAGUAUGAGACUGUUGGGAAGACUGAAGUAUUUAAAUGUUUUUAAAUGUCUGUGUUCUACAUGUGAAAUGCCUUCUGCUUGUUUUAAAGUUUAUGAUACGAUCUGCCAAGUGACACCAUUUCUGUCGCCGUUUCUUUUUCUCCUGAACUUGUUUGUUUUCCCUUUUUUUCCCCUACCCCUUUCAAAUUACCAGUUUGUCCGUGUGUGACCGUGACAAUCUAAUCACUAUGAUCUCCAGGAGCCUCAGUUUUCUUGGUCUAUGAAGUGAACAGUUGGAUGUGUCCUUGGCUUCCUCACACACUUCUGUGUGAGAAUCAAUUGAAAUAGUAUAUAAAGUGGUUUGAAAAUUAGGACAAACUAUUGAAAUAUCAGCGAGCAGUCUUACUAUGAGGCAAACAUAGGUCUAACCCCAUUGUGACACUUAACCAUUUACCUUUUCUAAAAAACCUUCGAAAUACAAAAAGAAGCCACAAUUGCAGGGGCAACUUUUGUAACAGAAUCCAGGUACUAAGAAACCCCUGUCACCACAUCUGGGGCUCCUUUUAAAAGAAUAGGAUUAGCAAAUUGGUCCAGUGGCUUAGAUCAGGAUAGGGGUAGAAAUACUUUUCCUACUAUCCAGGCUUAAAUACACAAAGCCCUGUUGAAAUCUUGUUUUCUAUGCCUUUGGUCGUCAGAAUAAAUGAAAAUGAUGAAAAAUAAAUAUCGACCUCCUGGUCUGGUGUCUUGCCUCCUGGUGAGAAAUGAUUCUAUCCCUUGUUUAUUGGGAAAUUUUCCAGUGGUUAAUCACUUUAAUGCCAUAUUCAAAUGAAACAUGGCACCAAGAAGAGGUGGCAGUGCCUUCUCCACAUAGACAUAUUUCUCAGGAUUCAAUUCCUGACAUUCCAGGGAACUUGUCAGAUCAUUCUUUCUUGCCUUGGAAAUCCUGCAGAUUCCCUGCAUGCCUUCAAACCUCCUUCAAACCUGAUUCUUCCCUAAAACAUUUUGGUAUGAUUCUCUCUAGUCUGGAGAAUGUUCUGCAAUCUGUGUUUUAUAAUUAUUCUUUGCAUAGUAUUUAUUGAAUCUAGAUUAUUAUUUGGCAAUGAGACCAGGACCUUGGAGUUUGUAAACUAUAUUAGAUAAUAUUAAUAGUGAAAGAGCUACCCAAAUACAUCUACAUUAUGUGAAUAAUCUACUGUAAUAAUAUUUAAAGACCAGUGUUGCUGCUAUUUUUAAUGUUUUGGUUAUUUUAAGUGAAAUAUAUGUAAUAUUUUAAACUUGGGGAAUUAAAUUUGAAGAUUUUUCUUGCCUUCCAGAAUGUGAAUAUUAUACAUAAAUAUAUAUAUAUUGACAUAUUGCAGAGAAAACAAAAUGACAAUCUUUUUUGAGAAUGUAAAGUGAAUGUACUCCCUGUAUGUUAUAACUUGUUGUUGAUGAUGGAAUGAGUUUUGAUUUUUGUUAACAUUUUUAUCAACUGGUCUCUAAAUCUCCUUAUUUUUUUUUUGUUUGUCUGUUUGUUUGAAAGACAUAUUUCUCAUUGUAUGAGUUUUAAAUAGAUUGGUGUUGCAUUUGUCUAUUAUGCUGCUACUAGAUGUUUAUUCUCCAGUACUGUCAAAUAAAAUGUGCUCCCAAAACCAAGGCCCUGGAAUCUUUGACAUUUCCUUUUUCAGGUUGUGCUGGUUCCCCACAAAGAUUCUUUCAGUUGAUGACCCUUGCCCAAUAUUUGAAGAGCACAGUUAAUUUCACAUCAGAGUAAAAAAAUUCAGUGUGUGCUCUGUACACAGAACAUAGGCACACAAACUUGAAUUUAAUUUGGCAAAAUCUCAAAGAAUCGUUCGGAAUUUCUCUGUUUUCAUUCUCCUUCAGGUUAGUUUCUCCUCUAAGAUUAACUAUCCAGAUAAAUAUUCUUGUUUCCUUGAUUACUUUAUGGAAGUUUAUUCUCAAUGGAGUAGGUUGAGCUCUUUAUCUCACAUCCCUCAAUCCCUGGAAAAUCGACUCUUUCUGCACCAGGACGCCUGCCUUGGUUGUAAGCCCCAUGAACAUGAGGACCCUGGCUCCGCCAGUAUCCUCAGGCUCGGUUGGUGAGUGAUUCUGGAUGAGUUUCCCUGUGUCCUGAAUAACACCAUCUUUUCCAGCUCUACUGAGCUGAGGGGCAUUUGUCAUCACUGAUCCCCACACUCCCACCCCUGCUCUGAAAAUCCCCCUGGUCAGUUAGUUUUCUUCUAUCACACUUUCUAAAGCUGUAACAGACCCCAGCCUCCCUAGCUGACAAGGAGUGUGCAUGUCACACUCAUAAAUCACAAUCCAUCUCAAGGAGUAGGGCCAUUUUCGGAAACUUCAAUAUAAAAAAAAAUUAACAUCUACUUUAACCUAAGGUUAAUUCUAGGUCUUGCCAAACUGGACAACUAUGUAAUCCCAUGAAAGAAUUUGGAUUGCUUUUGGUAGUGGCAGUGGUAGGAUGGGUAGGUAUACAGCAUCAUAUUGAAGACCCAUAGGCUUGAUUCCCAGAUUAGCAAUUCCAUAUAUUUUUAAUUCCCUUUGGUGCCUACAAAUCUGCAUCUAAACUAGGACAACUGGCUUCUAGUUUCAUGAAACCGAUUAUGAAGAAACCUUGGCAAGGGAAAGUAGAUGAUUGCAAAUUUAUUCCUACUACUUGGAAAAAAAUUUCUAUGAGGAUGCAUGAUAAACAGCUUGAGCUGUGCUUCAGAGACAGAUGAUCAGUGUGUCAACCCACGAAGAUGCAUAAAAGCCACAGGAAGACUAUUCACCUGACCUCAGGUAUGGCCUUCACGUAGAGUAGCACUGUCCUUCCUGGGAGCAUUGUGGACAAAAUCAUGCAGAGGACAAAUAGGAAAGAAUCUGAGGAAGAAUCUUGGUCAAUGACCUGGGUAAAUUUAUUUUACUUUUUUGUUGUUGAUAUUGCUGUUGUUUUCUAUAGAACAAUAAAGGAAAUUUAAACAAA